UCUGUUUUUGUAUUAACUGGUGCAGCAGAAAUGGUGGAUGUAGGUUAAACAAAAACAAAUAUUUUUAUGCUCUGCUUUAACGUAAAGAAUAAAUGGAUUUUGCUAGACGACAACUUGAGAAAUAUGGGUGGAAAGAAGGAAAUGGUUUAGGUAAACACUCCAUUGGUAUCAAAACUGCCUUAAAGCCAGCUUUAAAGUUUGACAAUGCAGGGGUUGGAUUUAACGCCUCUGAAGGGUAUACCAAUAAUUGGUGGGAAAAACUGUAUAAUGAGACUGCCAGUAACAUUAAUGUAACCAAUAGUGACAACAAUGGAAACACUCAAAUCUCUACAAAGAAAAGUACGCCUACACAUACCUUAACUAGUUCAGAAUACAAGUCUUUCAUAAAAACAUCCAAGUUGACUGAGAAUGGAAUUGUCAAUUUUGCGGACACAUCUACUGAGGCAGCUCCUGUCAGUUCGACACCUUGCUUAAAAGAUGAAGAUUUAUUUGCUGCUUGCGGGGGACGUACUGCUCAUAAAGGGGCUCGGCAUGGCUGCAAGUUGAGUGGGAAAUUAUCACGUUUAGAAAUGCAAGAAAAGAUAUUGCUGAAGAAAUUAAACAAUGUUAGUAUAUCAGACAAUAACGACAACUGUAAUAAGAAAGUAAUCGAGAAAAAACUCAAAAAGAUCGAAUACCACAAAAAUAAAAACAGAUUGGAGGAUGCAAUGGAAAUAGCGCCCCCAACCAGUCCAUGCAUAUUCAUCGGCAACAGCCCAUACAAAGGCAAUAAGAAACGCAAAGGUGAACGUAAGAACGUUUCCUUUAGCGACACUGUUGUCGAAUUUCACACCCAAGAAUCGAACGAACCUGAAACCUCCAAACAGAAACCCACAGAUGAAGCCAUGUCACGUCCACCAUCACCCAUUGUCACUAUCCGCCAAUUGAAAUUGGGAAACACAAAGGAUUCAUCGCCUCUUAGAGCAGAUAACGAAUUAGAUGAAGGUAUUGACUGCAACGACUACAGCUCUUCGAAAUGUGAAAGUAAAUGCGAUCUACAAGAAAAAAUCCGCAGAGACAACAGACGCAUGAAGCGCAAAUUGAAGAAACUGCGAAAAUUAAAUAACCCCGUCGUUUUUAAUGUCUCUCUCGACUUGGACAAUGGAAACCAUCAUGUAUCAGAGAAAAGUGAAUUGGUCAAGCGUAAAUUAUUCGACUCUUCCGACAUGUACAUAUAUAAAAAGGCAAAACGAUCGAACUUAGAUGGUUGCCAGAAACUUACUACGGAAUUAGAGUUACCAUGUAAGCAACAGAGUGAAGUAGAAGACAAUAUUGACACUGUCACAACUUCUUUUGAUAAUGUCUGUAAAAUUUAGUGGGAUAUGGGGAAAUGUGUGUUAUUACUUUUCUAUUUUUUUCCUUUUUAUAUUUACGUUAAAACAAGUACUGAGUGUCUUCUGUAGUUGCUUUUGUAUUGCAAAUAUAAUACUAUUUACGUUAGUUGUGGUAGAAUUGUUAUUACGUGUAUUUUAGGGUUAGAGAUACUGUUAUAAAAUAUUUUCGUGGAU